ACUUAUCGUCUCUCCCAAUUUCUCCGCCUCAUAUUCUCUAAGCCUCUAUGUCCUAUGCCUACUCCACUCACCAUCUCUCUUAUCUGCUUCUCUUCUUCCUCCUUCUACUGCAAUUUUGGCACCAACAUCAUCAAUGGCGACUGAUCAGAACCCGGCAGGGCGGAGGGAUUCCAACACCCAACUUCUCGAAGAACUCGAGGCGCUCAGCCAAUCGCUCUACCAAACCCACACCUCCACCACCCGAAGAACAGCCUCGCUUGCUCUUCCUCGGACUUCUCUUCCUUAUAUUCCCACUGCUGAAGAUGUGGGCGCCAGAAAUGAAGACAGGCCCAACAAGCCACGGUCCAGACGCAUGUCUCUGUCGCCAUGGCGUUCGCGCCCCAAGCUCGACGAUGACAAGCAGCAAACGGAAAGAAGCAGGGUCUCUUCUAAUCAGCCGGAGCCGAGGAAGAUGGACGAAACGGCGCCGGAGAAGAAGGGGAUUUGGAACUGGAAGCCAAUUCGAGCUCUCUCCCAUAUCGGAAUGCACAAGAUGAGUUGCUUGUUCUCCGUUGAGGUCGUCACCGUUCAAGGCCUUCCUGCUUCCAUGAAUGGGCUUCGACUUUCCGUUUGUGUGAGGAAGAAAGAGACCAAAGACGGAGCAGUCAACACAAUGCCGUCUAGAGUUUCGCAAGGCGCUGCGGAUUUCGAAGAGACAUUGUUCCUCAAGUGCCAUGUUUAUUGCACCCCUGGAAAUGGAAGGCCUAUGAAAUUCCAGCCUCGUCCGUUUUGGAUUUACGCUUUCGCUGUAGAUGCUCAAGAGCUUGACUUCGGGAGAAGUUCGGUGGAUUUGAGUAAACUGAUAGAGGAAUCCAUGGAGAAGAGUUACGAAGGGACGCGAGUUCGACAGUGGGACACAAGCUUCAACCUGGCGGGGAAAGCCAGAGGAGGAGAGCUCGUUGUGAAACUAGGGUUUCAGAUUAUGGAGAAAGACGGAGGAAUUGGAAUUUACAAUCAAGCUCAGCCGAAGGAAGCCAAAUCGGGAAAAUCUUUUGGGAGAAAACAAUCGAAGACCUCGUUCAGUGUUCCCAGUCCCAGAUUGACCAGCCAAAGUGAAGCUUGGAUUCCAUCGCAACCGAGAGUGUCGGCCGAUCACCCCGGAAUGGAUGACCUGAACUUAGAUGAACCAGCGCCGAUUCCGUCGACCUCGCCGUCUAUUCAGAAAUCGGAAGAACCGAAGAUGGAAGAUCUCGAUCUCCCAGACUUUGAUGUUGUGGAUAAAGGAGUAGAGAUUCAGGACAAAGAGGAAGAAGAAGUGGACAAAGAAGAAUCUGAAAAAUCAGUGGAAGAAAAAUCUACUUCAAGCGAGGUAGUGAAGGAGGUUGUGCACGAUCAGGCUCAUUUGAAUCGAUUGUCGGAACUCGAUUCGAUAGCGCAGCAAAUAAAAGCUCUGGAAUCUAUGAUGGGAGAAGAAAGCCUUGACAAAAAUGACGAAGAAUCCGAAUCACAGAGACUUGAUGCAGAUGAAGAAAACGUAACUAGGGAAUUUCUUCAGAUGCUCGAGGAAGAAGACAGCGCUGGCUCAUACAACAGUGACAAUAAACUCAAUUAUCCUGAAAUUCCUCCUCUCCAACUUGAAGUAACAGAAGAUUCCUCAGAGAUGGAAUCGAAAUCAUACCUUUCAGAUCUUGGAAAGGGUUUGGGCUGCGUGGUUCAAACCAAAGAUGGAGGCUAUCUGGCGGCCAUGAAUCCAUUGAACACCCAAGUUUCAAGGAAGGACACUCCAAAACUGGCGAUGCAGAUAUCGAAACCAUUCAUUAUAGCCUCCACCCAGUCUCUAAGUGGGUUUGAAUUGUUUCAAAGAAUGGCUUGCAGCGGGCUCGAGGAAUUGAGCUCCAAAAUAGUGGCAUUAAUGUCUACGGAAGAACUGAUGGGCAAAACGGCAGAACAAGUAGCAUUUGAAGGAAUAGCCUCCGCAAUCAUUCAAGGGAGAAACAAAGAGGGAGCUAGCUCCACCGCCGCUCGCGCCAUUGCCGCUGUAAAAUCAAUGGCGACUGCCUUAAGCACGGGAAGGAAAGAGAGGAUUUCGACAGGAAUUUGGAACUUGAACGAAGUCCCACUUACAAUUGAAGAGAUUCUAGCAUUCUCAAUGCAGAAGCUCGAAGAAAUGACAGUGGAAGCACUGAAAAUCCAGGCGGAGAUGGCGGAGGAAGAAGCCCCGUUUGAGGUUUCUGCUCUGAGUGUGAAGAGUGGAGGGAAAGAUGAAAAUCAAACCCAUCCCCUGGAUUCUGCGGUUCCAUUCGAAGAUUGGACGAAGAAGUUAAGCUUCACUGGAUUUGCAAGCAAAUCGAAAGAUCCAGAAGGCAUCACGCUGGCGGCGGUGGUGCAGCUAAGAGACCCGCUGAGGAGGUACGAAGCAGUGGGAGGGCCGGUGGUGGCUCUUAUCCAUGCCAGAGAAGCAGAAGAGGAAGAGGAAGAGAAAGGGAGGAAAUACGAGGAGGAAAGAAGAUACAAGAUGGGGAGCUUGCACGUGGGAGGGUUGAAGGUGAGGGCAAAGGGGGGAGCCGGAGCCGGAGCCGGAGGGAAGAGGAACGCGUGGGACACUGAAAAGCAGAGGCUCACGGCGAUGCAGUGGCUUGUGGCUUACGGACUGGGGAAGGCGCCCAAGAAGGGAAAACAUUUAUCAUCCAACGGACCAGAUUUGCUAUGGAGCUUAUCGUCGCGAGUGAUGGCGGACAUGUGGCUCAAGCCUAUACGAAACCCAGAUGUAAAGUUUGCAAAUUAGAAGAAGCCGCUCACUUCGAAUUUGCCUCGCCCCACGACCAAGAACGUGUUCGUGUGUUAAUAUUUUAUUUUAUUAUUUUGUAUAAUUAAUUAUCGGAUAGUAUAUUUGUUCAGUAGGACAACAGGAGGACUUGCAUAGUUCAAUUAGUAUUUACAUAAUUCAAAUAAAUCGCCGGAAACAUUCUGCAAAACUCAUGCCUUUAACCAUCAACUAUCUAUUCAAGAUCUUAGAUAUUAAAGUUAUUUUUUGGGUUCGUA